AUGUUCCAGAAAUUGGUGGAUUGGAAUAAACCUAUGCUUAAGCAAGUGGGAAAACUUGGUGCCCGCUACAGUGAAUGGGUGCAGUCUCCAGUUGACAGAAAAUUGCGCCUUUUUGAAUCAGACUUUGUUGAAAAAAUGACAGUAACACCAUGGUACCUUAUUCCAAUUAUCUGGAUACCUCUGGAUGUGCUAUUACUGUACAAAGGUUAUUCAGAUACUAAGCAGUAUUUUGAAGAUACAUACUUACCACCGUGGGUAUUGUUUUGCUUUGCAAGUGGUUUUCUAGUAUGGACAUUACUUGAAUACUCAAUUCAUAGAUGGUUGUUUCACUUACACCCACCUGAUACAUCACCAAGACUUAUAACAUUUCAUUUUCUCAUGCAUGGAUUACAUCACAAGGUUCCAUUUGAUGAAAGCCGGCUUCUCAUCCCUCCAGCCCCUGCAGCAAUUGUUGUGGUAAUAUUAUACUGUCUAUUUUAUUCGAUACUUCCGUUAUGGAUGAUGCAUUACUUUGUAGCUGGAAUUUUGGCAGGUUAUGUGGUAUAUGACUUGACCCACUUCUACUUGCAUUAUGGCUCACCUCGACCCAACACUUUCUUUUAUCAUAUGAAACGCUAUCAUAAUCACCAUCAUUUUACAGAGCCCGACAAUGGCUAUGGGAUAAGCUGUGACAUAUGGGACAGAGUAUUCAGAACCCAAAUAUAUCUCAAGAAACUAAAAUUUUCCUUAAGGUGGUGAAAAAUAAGUCUGGUAUAUUUGUGUGAUUAUUUGAUAUUGAUGUCUUUGAAGCCUUAACUUGCCAUUUUGAAUGAGGUUCAUGGACAAAACCUUGCUGUUUCAUGUCCAAUACAUUUUCAUAUUUAUAGUCUACAUCAACAAAUAAAAAAAAUGUACAAUUACCCAGUAAAGUUGCUGUCAUUGAGCCUAAUAUUGUGAUACUUUAAGGGAAAAUAUUUAAAGCCAAAAGAAUUCAUAUUAUUAAUGUUGAAAAAUUACUAAACUCAAGAUUUCGGAAGAGUCUUUCUUAUACAUGUUGGACUGUAAAAAGGAUGUAAAAAAAUGUUAAUUUAUUUUUGAUUAAUAAUAUAUCAACAUAUUUUCUAUCCAUUUUUGUAAGUGUGUUUGAAGCACUCUUGCACAAAAACAUAUCUUUAUGUACUUAGAAAGAAACUUGCAUUUGUCAGUGCAUGCCAUACACUGUACCUAUUAUACAAAAAUAAUACAAACAUAUUUUUGAAAGAUAAUAAAGUAUUAUAUUUUUAAUUAACAGUAUUAAAGCAGGUAAUGAUUAAAUUCAGAAAACUGAAUUCUCAAAUCAGUAUUCUGGUGGUGCAGUGUCAUAGGAUUCUUAGCUGUGAGACAUUUAUGCUGUCUUGUAAAAAGUUGUUUCUUUUUUGUAAUAAGUGUGUAUUUUGAAAAAAAAACCAUGACAUUAUGAGUGUGUGUGUGUUUUUUUAAGUCUGAUGAAUAUAAUGACUAAUAAAAGUUGAUAUAAAAUAAUAACAA